UCAGGCGGGCAUGCUGCGUGGCGAUCACGGGGAGUUCUGGUUGGAACCAGUCGCUGUGUCCCCGGAAGAAGAACGAGUCCAGCUGGAGGUUCGGCUGGAAGACGCCGGCGCCGGGCUCUACCGGAACUCGGUGCUCGGCAGGCCGCAUCUCGUGUUCCGUAGGUCCGUCGAGCAGCCGCAGCUCGAAAUCGGCGCCACAGGUCGCGCCAGACGCCGACGAAAAAAGAAGAGAAAACUCGAGAGAAACUGCGGCACUCGCGAGCCGAGGCGGCUGACGGAAACGCGGCUCGAGUGGCAAACGCAGCCGGGGCUGGUGCAGGUUCAAGGACGGGGCCGAAGAAAACACCAUCAGGCGAAACGAUGGCAACGCUCCAAGAGAUCGAUCAGCCGGCCGCGUCACGUCGAGGCGCUCGUUGUCGCUGACACGACGAUGAUGGCUUUUCAUCAGGACGGCGACGUCGAGACGUAUCUGCUGACCAUCAUGAACAUGGUGUCGUCCCUUUACCUCGAUCCCACCAUAGGGAAUUUCAUUAACGUCGUCGUGGUCAGGAUUAUCCUUGUCGAGGAGGACGACGCGGAAGUACGUGCGAAUUACACCGCUGGUCGCGAAACGGCCGGACUAACGUGCGUUUUCCAGGAGGGACUGGACAUCACGGUGAACGCGGACAGGACGCUGUACAAUUUCUGCAAAUGGCAACAGAAACUGAAUCCCGCGGACGACUCGCAUCCGAAUCAUCACGACGUGGCGAUUCUGGUGACGAGGGAGGACAUCUGCUCGAGGGCGAACACGCCGUGUAGCACUUUGGGAGUGGCCCACGUAGCCGGCAUGUGCCAGCCGGACCGCAGCUGCAGUGUCAACGAGGACAAUGGGAUCACGCUCGCGCACACCAUCACCCACGAAUUGGGACACAACUUUGGCAUGUACCACGAUACGGAAAAAAUCGGGUGCAGCAAACGGGACGGCGACACCCUGCACGUGAUGACGCCGACUUUCGAGGUGGACACCAUUGGCGUCGCCUGGUCCAGAUGCUCCAGAAGAGACAUCACCAACUUCUUGGAUCAAGGAAAAGGCGAGUGUCUGGAAGAUGAACCGGCAGACAAUGAUUACUCGUAUCCAGACUUACCACCUGGUGCAAUGUACAACGCGGAACACCAAUGCAGACUUCAAUUCGGUGUUAGAGAAGCUUCCGUUUGCUCCCCGUUGCAGGAGUGGUGUCAGAACCAGGAAUGCGUGCCGAUCGUGGACAGACCUCGUCAGAUCGACGGUGGAUGGGGCGAGUGGGGCUCUUGGAGCGAGUGCUCGAGAACCUGCGGUGCAGGUAUCUCGAUUGUCGAGCGGAAAUGCGAUCACCCGGAGCCAGCGCACGGCGGGAAGUUCUGCAUCGGUGAAAGACGCCGAUAUAAAAUUUGCAACACCGAUCCGUGUCCGGAGGAAACGGCCAGUUUCAGAGCAGUCCAGUGCAGCAAUUACGACGGCAAAGAAUACAAAGGGAAGAAUUACACAUGGCUGCCGUAUUUCGAUCAAACGGAGCCCUGCGAGCUAUAUUGCACCGACACAGAGGAGAGCGUGAUCGUUCCAUGGGGUGAAGCCGCUCUCGAUGGCACACCAUGUAACGUUGGCACCAGAGAUAUGUGCAUCGCUGGAAUCUGUCGAAAAGUUGGCUGCGAUUGGACGGUCGAUUCGGAUGCCACGGAAGAUCGUUGCGGAGUCUGCCAUGGCGAUGGGACUCAAUGCGAAACGACAGGCGGAGUUUACGAUAAAAAUGACGGUCCAGGAUAUAAGGAAGUGGUCGUUGUCCCCAAUGGAUCGAGAAACAUAAAAAUCGAGGAGAUUGGAAACAGCAAGAAUUAUAUUGGGAUAGGCGUGCCAAAUUCUGACAAAUAUUUCCUUAACGGAAAACGGCAGAUCACUUUGGCAGGAGAAUACCAAGUUGCCGGAACUCCAGCUCUGUAUGAACGUGAUCGUGAUAAAGAGAAGGUCAGAAUUCCUGGACCUAUCAAAGAAGACAUCGCAGUCUAUUUGAUUUCCAGAGGACACUAUCGGAAUUUCGGACUGCGAUACGAGUACACAGUGCCGAAGAAGGAACCUGAUCGAGCACCGGAAUACUCGUGGAUACUUUCCGACUGGUCACUGUGCACGGCCACUUGUGGUGGUGGCACGCAAACCUCGAAAGCACUCUGCAACGAAAAGAAGAGCGGGGUCGUCGAGGAUCACUUUUGCGAGAGCAUCGAAAGACCGGAAUCGAUUUUGCGGGAAUGCAAUCUGAAUCCGUGUCCAGCCAGAUGGUGGAUCGGUCCAUGGCAAAUGUGUCCGGUAACAUGCGGAGAAGGUGCUCUUCGGAAACGAUCGGUAAUGUGCGUCUCUUCGGGAGUGGGUCCUGAUAGAUCGGAUUUGGCUCUGCCCGAUCGAGACUGCAAUCGCGACGUGAGACCCGAAGAAGUCAGUCCAUGUCCAAAUUUGCCACCUUGUACCUCCACCGAACCACCAUUGAUCGUCUACGCAGACAACAAAGACGCCUCUUUCUACAACGUGAGCUCGAAUGAUCAGAGUGGAAUCACGAUCGUUGAUGGUCUUACUACCGAGGAGCCGGAGAUCCUCGAAUUCGAUAAUGUGGUUGAUGAAAAUCCUGAUAAUUCGAUGUACAAUACUAAGUCAAAGUGGAUCGUUUCAAAAUGGAGUCACUGCACGAAUGGAAAGAGAAGUAGAAAAGUGACCUGCUCGAUGCAAGGAGACUGUAAUCCAGAGACCAAGCCGGCCACCAUCGAACUUUGCCAAGGUGGCAAAUGGGUCACUGGAAAAUGGGGAUCUUGCAACGCGAGCUGUCUUAUGAGAGUCGGCGUUAAACGCAGAGAAGUCGAGUGUCGUGAUCGUAUAACAGAAUUGCUGUCUGACGAUUGCAACCCUGAGAGAAGACCAAUCGAUACAAGACGUUGUUAUCAUAGGCGGCAGUGCGCGAACGAUAAAUCCGAAUGUAAGGAUACUAUCAUACCGGCCUCAAUGUGCGGAUCAUAUAGACGCAUAUGCGACGUAUCAUUGAUCGUGCAGGAUAAAUGUUGUGCCACGUGUUUCAAAAAACGAAGACAUAAUCGUCAUAAUAGAAGACAGAUUCUUAAUCAUUGACAAGUCGGAAUACAAUAGCUGAGUUGAUUAAUCUCUGCUUCUUUGUUCUGAGAAUAUUUUUAGAUCCACCCUAAAACAGAAUCCGUCCUACAUUUAAAUGAUAUUGCGGUGUUGUACUUGAAAUUCUGAAUGUUUCAUAAAUUUUAAUUUCUAUGAAGUGUCUGAAUAAGGAAAUUAAUAAUAUUGUAGAUAAAUCAUUCGUAACUCUUCUAGUUCUAGCAAUAUAACGGUGCAAAUAUAAAAGUUAAUAAAAUUUGCAAGAUGUACAAAUGUAUGUAAAAUAUGAAAAUAUAUCG